UUCGGAUUGUUGAAAAUAGAUUUUAAAAUGUUUAUUGUUUGGUAACUGUGAUUGUUUAACAUUCAAUGGUAAUAAAAAUAAAAAAUUUAUAUUAAAUAACAUGUUUAUCCUUAAUGAAAAAUUAGAGUAGUUCGAGAAAUAUUAAAAACUUUGUUAGUAAAUAUAUUUAAUAUGAUAAAUAAAUAAAAGAAAGAGAAAAUGUAGGAGAAAAAAAAAUCUCAUGAAUCAAGAUAUAGAAUUUCUCUGAUUAUGAGAGAUUUGAUAUCCAUAGAUUUUAGAGAUUUGAAAUCUCUAAAGCUAAAAUCCACAAUACAAAAAGCAACAAAAAAACAUAGCUUUCUACAAAAUCUACGGAUUUAAUGAAUCCACGGCCUAAAUCCCAUUCUCCAAACGACCCCUAAGUUAACGGUAAAGCUGGGGAGUGGGGAACACUCUACCAAAUUUCCGCGGGAGCAUCUGAAAUUUACGCCGGCGGUGGAUCUGAAAUUCCUUUUCCACGGUCGAUCGGUGAGAGGGAGGGAGACGUGAUUUAUCUGUCUCCGACGAGAGGUUGGCGAUGGCGGUGGCUGAGAAUGGAGUUGAAAUGCCUUGUUGUCUCCUCCCGCUGCGGCCUUGAGAUGUUAAUUCUCAACGAGCUAGGUCAGUCUAUCUGUUCUCUCCCUUCGUCUUAUCGUUUUUGCGAUUUUUUUUUGUGGUGUGUGUGAUAGUCGUCGUCUGGAUGUUUUAGUUCUCGCCAUUGGAGGUUUAAACAGGAAAGCUUUCGGUAUAGGAAGCUCGUUUUGUAUGGCUUCGAACAUUUAGCGAGAUGAAUUAAUUAACCCUAAAGUAGUAUUAAGCGAGGGGAUGUAGCUUCUGCUUAGAUUGUGAGGGAGAUAGAACCUUUGAGGCUGGAAAUCACCAAAUUACCUACAAUCCAAGCAGAAACUAUUAAUUCUCGUGAUUUCUGCAACUUGGGCGGCUGGCGGCUCAAUGGAUAGCCACCAACCCUCCAUUAUCUUCAACAGUCAGCAUAUUAGUAACUUAAUCAACCAAGAUCUUGACUUCAACAGGCUAGUUAGUUAUUGUAUAACUAAGGGGGUUGCAGUUCCGCUUCAUCACUGACGAACCAGAUUACCAACCAACUUCUCUCUACUCUCUCUCUCUCUCUCUCUCUCUCUCUCUCUCUCUCUCUCUCUCUCUCCUUCACCAAAAAGGAGAAAGCCAAGAAAGAAAUGGCUGCUUCUAGUUCUCUUUUUAGCAUUGGCAAAACAGUUCUGGAGAAACUGGGUCCUCUUGUGCAGCAAGAGGCGGCUUUGAUGUGGAACCUGCAAGGUGAACUCGAGAAGAUGAAUGGCACCCUGACCGCCAUUCAGGCACUUCUACUUGAUGCAGAGGAGCAGCAAGCACACAGCCGUCAGGUCAAAGACUGGCUCCAGAAGCUGGAGCUCUUGUUCCUAGAUGCGGAGGAUCUACUUGAUGAUGUUGCUACGGAAGCUCUGCGGGAGGAAGCAGCUGCGAGGGAUCGAGAUGACUCCAGCAGGUGCUGGACUGUGGUACGCUUCCUUUUCUCCAUCCCGAGUCGGGUGAUUUACGGUCUUAAAAUGGCUCAUAAAGUCAAGAGUCUUGGGGAGCAGUUGGAUGAUAUACAUGAUGAUAACACCAAAUUGCAUCUGAAUCCUCGUUUCGAGGAGAGAGGCAAAAUGGUGAAGCAUACCCUCACCAUUUCUUCCAUCCCUGACAUAGUUGUUGGGAGAGAAGAUGACCUGAAUCAUAUUAAGCAACUUCUUCUAUUGGCCGACAAUGGCCCUAGGAUCUCGGUGGUUUCUAUAUUUGGCAUUGGAGGGAUGGGGAAAACCACACUUGCUCAGCUCAUUUACAAUGAUAGGCAAGUUAAGGAGCAUUUUAAGUUGAGGAUAUGGGCUUGUGUGUCUGGGUUAUUUGAGCUCAGAGUGAUUACCACAAAGAUUCUUGAAUCAGCUACAAAGGAGAAGAUAUCAGAUCUUGAGCCUGAAGCACUAACCAAUCUCCUUGGGGGGUUCAUUGGUGGCAAAAAAUUCUUUCUUGUGCUUGAUGAUGUGUGGGACUUUAAUCCCGAGGAGUGGGAUAUGCUCAGAUCUGUGCUCAAGAGCGGUGCCAGUGGGAGCAAGAUCUUAGUCACCACACGGUUCGAGAACUUUGCAAAGAUGAUGAGUCGUGGUUCUCCAGAUCCACCGUAUGCUUUGAGCGGCCUAUCCUCGCCACAAUCAUGGUCAUUGUUUAGGCAGGUCAUGUCUGGUGGUGGUAACCACCAAUUAGCUGUCGAGGAACCACUUAACAUAUCUAAUGUGGAGCAGAUUAAAGAACAAAUCAUGAAAAAGUCUGUUGGGGUACCUUUAGCUGUGAAAACAGUAGCCAAUUUGUUGUCUUUUAAAGAUCCUCAAACUGAGUGGUUGUCUUUCCUUCAAUCCAAUGAACUUUUAAGUGCCAAGCAUGAGAACAGCAUGCUGCAUAAUCUAAAGCUGAGCUACAACUACCUUCCCUCGCAUUUGAAACGCUGCUUCCUGCUUUGUAGUUUGUAUCCCAAAGACAUUCCCAUUUCUGUCCGCGAACUAAUUUUUCAUUGGUUCGCAUUGGGGUUUAUUGAGUCAUCACCUGAAGAUACCAAACAGAGUCUAUAUGAUUUAGGUCUCCAGUAUUUUAUGGAUUUGACAUGGAGGUCCUUCUUUCAAGAAAUAAAACGAGACAGGUCUAAUAGUAUAAAAUCUUGUCGAAUGCAUGGUUUAAUCCAUGAUCUUGCAGUCUCAGUGUCUGGGUCUAAUUACUCAGAAAUAAAUGAACCUACAGCAACAAUCAGUAAAACCACUUAUCACAUGUCAUUGAGCCAUGAUUUGUGGUGUCCUACAGAGCUUGUAGGCCACCUAGAAAAAGCCAAACAAUUGCGAACCUUUUUUUCUGUGUAUAAAAAGUGGUAUCAGUCUGGAACGAGUUGGGAUGAGUCUACCUUCAGAUCUUUUAUUUCAAAAUUUCCAAGUUUGCGUAUACUUGCAUUUUGGGACUCUGGGAUGGAAGUUUUGUCAGACGACAUUCAAGAACUAAAACAUCUUCGCUAUUUGGAUAUCUCAUUAAACAAUAAGAUAACCCGGCUGCCACCUUCUAUCACCAUGCUACAGAACUUACAAGCUCUGUGGCUUUCUGAGUGUAGUAGUCUUCAAGAGUUGCCAAGAGAUAUCAACAAACUUGUGAAUCUCUGGAUCCUGGCAUGCAGAGGCUGUUUCGCCUUGACACACAUGCCGGUGGGGUUGGGUGAACUAACUCGUCUUGAAGUAUUGACAUAUUUUGUGGUGGGAAAGGAGGAUAGUUUCACUUCUAAGCAGACAGUAGGUGGGUUGGAUGAGCUACAUAGGCUAGACAAAUUAAGAGCCCGGCUCGAAAUUGCGAAUCUUGGAGCCCUUCAAAGCAGAGCGAGGGUAUUGUCUCCGUCACCAUUACUCGCAUUUGAGCUUGGUGCGGCUGCUAAUUUGAUGGGGAAGCCCCAUCUUGAAACUCUGAUACUAGGGUGGGGUCUUGAUAAUGGUGAAUGGGAAGAGAUUGGGCGGGAAGAAGUUUUGACGGGAUCAGAAGAAGAUGCUGAAUGGGAUGAAAGCUUACUAGAAGGCCUCCAACCGAGCUCCUGUCUGAAAUCGUUGGAGGUGAUUCAGUACAAAGGAGGGAAAUGUCCAAGUUGGAUUUCUUGUCUCACUAACCUGGUCACUCUUUCAUUGUAUUGGUGCAAAGUGCGCCAUGGUUUGCACCAGUUGCAAGAAUUGCCGGUCCUUCGAAGGCUUACUAUUGUGAGGCUCCUUGAACUAGAGUUCAUGGAUGAAGAUGAAGAGGAAGAGGAAGAGGAAGAGGAAGACGGUGACAGAUGCUGGGUGCUGGCCAAAGAAGGUACAAAACACAAGAAGACAUCCAAACCAUUCUUUCCUUCCCUCGAGAAACUUGGAUUGCAUAAUUGCCCCAAACUAAAGGGAUGGCGCAGGAGGAAGCUGCCCCAAUUUCCUAAACUUUCUAAACUGUCCUUAAUGUUGUGCCCUCUGCUGACGAUGAUGCCAUUAUUUCCAACACUCGAUAAGGGUCUACAAUUGGUUGGAACUAGCCUAGAACCGCUACUGUGCACAAUGAACGUCCCAUCGUCUUCGGUAGGAAACACAAGCUGUUCUUCAUUUUCAAGUGAAGUGGACUUGAUGCAGUACCCUUUGUCCAAACUGAAGAAACUGCAAAUCUAUGGUGUCGAUGACCCUCCAAGAGACUGGCUGAGAGGGAUGCAACACCUCACUUCCCUGCAAGAGCUUAGAAUUGGAAUUUUUUCAGGGCUGGAGGAGACUUUGAAUUGGCGCUACAUCUCGCACGUUCCGGAAAUCACACUUGAUCGCAUCUAUAUAAAUAGAGACGGCCAGUUUCUCUGGGAUGAGUUUGGUUGGGACAACUUCCAUCUGAUACUACAGAUUGUCAGAGAGCUUAUGGCAAAGAACAACUUAGAAGGGGAGAAUUCAAGAGGAUGAGCGCACAAAAGGAAAUGAUCGGGUUGAUCCCUCAAGAAAAUAGGUUUGGUACGACAUAGAGCCUCAAAGUUAAAGGGGGCACAAUUGGGCUUUUAGUCUCAUCUCUUGAAUUGUCAUUACUUGUUUUCAUAUUUGAGUUUACCUUUUAGUAAUCCAAUCAUAAUUUCUGGGGGUAAAAACUAUAAUUUCGACUUCAAGUUUGCCCCAGUUGUCUUGAAAUGGGAUUUUGCAUUUCUGGUGUGUAUUUAAAGCUGCAAUUUUUUUCUUUAUCCAUCCAAACUACUAUGCAUUAUUCUACAUGAACUUGCUUGUUGUUAUGCUCUUUGAUAUGACUGCUGUAAUUAUAUGCAGAACGCAAUGUAAUUUUUGUAUGUUAUGUGACGGAGUUGUUGACUGAUGCAGAUUAGAACUGGAGGCUUGGUGAUAUGGAGCUCAAGGAGUUCAGUCGUAUUGUAUGGAGGAAUGAGCUAUCGAUCCUGACGUGUAAGAUCUUACGUGAAAGACAAAGAGGCUAUUACGGAAGCUUCUCCAUCUAAUGAAGCAGUGAAGAUUGAUGAUGCUAUAGCUGACCAAGGAACCAAAGGACUUGUGAGAACCCCGGAGCCCACUGUAGAGAAUUUGGCAAAGGGUUUCAAGGAUUUCUCAAAGAACGAACUCAUGGAACUCACUGAGUUGAACAUUUGUUAGAUGGAUUAGGACCAAGGUUCAAGAACUGGUGUAGCAGUGGGCUAUUGCAUGUUGAUGCUGAAUGGCUUCCUGCUGUUGCCCAGGAUACAAACCUCUGUUCAGGCUUCUUCUCAUGGGGUGAAAGUUGAGAGGUCUAUGAUUGUAUCAUAGAGAACAAACACUUGCAUUGGAAAUACCACUAGCUAGUGAGAUAAUUUUGGCUGGCAAAAACUCUGCAAAAUCAAACAUAUUGCAAUUUCUUUGGAAGCUGCAAGUGGGGGAGUCCUAGUAGCUAUGGGGAGAAAUGCUAAGGCUGUGUGAUUAUAGCUUAUAAUGGGAAGAAUUAUAAAUGCCGUCUUGGUGUGAAUCCUAAAAAUUUGAUGUCCAGGAGACAAGCACUGGCUAGGUCCGUUGAACUUCAUAGAGGAGAGGUACUCUUGCAGUAUAUUAUUCUUUGUUUAUUAUGUUUCUUAUGGUAAUCUAGCAUUUGGUUCUCUGAAUUCAGUUUAAAUAUAUUCCUUUCUAUAGGCACUGAAGCACCAUGCGAUUUGCAAGAGAGAAUUGAACUAGUCAAGUCUGAAUUGAAAUGGUAUUUUCCCAAAAUUGGUUGGAGAUAUAUAUGUACAAGCCGAUUACCGUAUUUGUUUAAUUAACUUGCUCUUGUGUCUAUGCAGCAAGAUGUUGAAGCUGGCAAGACGUUGCACACAGAUAAGGCUGUCAGUACAAUGUUGGACAAUGCUUCUUUGUUCUGUGAUCAUGAUGAACAGGAAGAUUUUCAGUUUCCGUAGCUCAUUUCAAUAGGUUGCUGUGAGGCUCAUGAGUUUGCAUAAGGUGAAGACUUGGGCAUAUUUGGUCUCUUCAGGUGGCCUCUCGCUCACCAGAUAACUAGUAAUUCCUUCACAAUCCAUUCAAAACUCAGGCAAUGAAAAUAGCCUAUUAGCUUUUACGUUCAAUUCAUCUUGUCUUUGUAGUUUUAGCUUGACCCCGGGGUUCAGCUCCGACCUAUAUGUUUAACUUUAUACAUGCUUCGACUCUGGUGUGACUUGUGACUGAAAAUCUUUCUGAGCAUCUAUGGAAAAGAGAUUUCUCUCUUUAUCUCUCUCCAACUGAGAGAGUCCAGCUUCAACACAGGACUCCUCAUAGAAUCACCUAGCUCAAGCCUUUUGAAAUGAACAACAAAUAUCAUUCGACUCACUGUGAGGUGAUCCAGUUUCCUUGUGUGAUAUAGCCCUGCUCCUUGAUGUGCUGCACACCCUUUUAAGCUCCCGUAGUGAGCAACAGAACUUACUAUCGUUCUAAAUUCCAUAGGCUGGAUUUCUUGCUUAAUGCUGAUAAACAGUUUCCUGUAAAGAGCCGUCACUUAUUCUGAUGUUGCUCUAUCUGCUGAAGUCUUAAGAUAUGCAGGUUUCCAAAACAGAGAGCUCCUCGUCUAAGAUUUGCUUGUACAGCCAAUAUCCUAGUCAGAAAAAUGAGUUCCCCACCUGUUGGUUGUUUCGUGAUGUUCUUACUUCUUACCAAGACUUGUUUAUCUUUCUAUGCACUUCUCUACGCCUGGCACGGUUAUCUGACUUAUGUUUAGGUAAUUUCAGCUAUAGCUCCGUCCAACUGACUUGUUGACUACUGUCUCAUCUUUCAGGAUGAUGGAGAAGAAGAGGACUAUCCUUGAUCAUGUGCGGCCAGUGGCAGAGCAUGUUGGUAGCAGAACAGGAUUAAACUCGAUACAACCAGGUGCUUGAUUUUGGAGUAGUUUCCUCGUUUCCAUCUGUGCUUCCGAGAAUGGCAGCCAAAGAAAACAACGUAAAGCACGCUUACUUGGAGACUCGGAGUGGAGAUCGUGGAGCCUGAUAUCGUAUGAAUGCCUCAUCCAGAUCGAAAGUGAUAACGCCUCACCCAUGUCGAGAGUGAUUCGUGGCUGUACAUAGAACAAAACUAUUUUUACUAUAACUUCUGUUUUAAGCUUGUUUGAUGACUAGGCUUUAGAACAAAUUGCAGAUGUACAGAAUGUUGUGCUGCUGUGUGUCAACACUUGCAAUUGGGUCCAACAUUCAUGCAGUACGCUUCAUUCACUUAGACAGAACCCUUGUUUUUGCUUUUUGUUAGUAAAUUGUAUAUGGUCCA